AUGGUCUUCCAAUCUGUCGAUUUUGCCAGGCUCGACUUCAUGACUGGCGUUCCCUUGAGAAGCACAUCACAGAAGGCUACGCCACAGUCGCAGCUCGAGCAGGAAAUUGGCGAGGCAGCUCAUUCCGGACAGCUCGAAAAUCAAGAUACACUGGCAGCGCACUCAUGCACCGGAGUGGAAGAUGCACUCAGACCUGGACCUUUGAUCGUCGACAACAUGAUGCUCGAUAUCCGGAUCAAGAAGGGGUUCAAGUUCUCCACACCGGAGGUGCGCCAGUUUCUCUUCGGAUGCGGGAUGGUCCGGUGCUUCUUCAUCUUGCUCGCAAUGCGGAUGCCUCCAAGAAUGAGGUUCGAGCUCUUGUUGAACAUCAUGGAGACAGUGUGGGCGAUGGGUUCCGACGAGCCAAUGAAGUCCAUUGAAGGCUCAGAGGAAUGGAAUUUCUACCAGCAAUACCGCCCAGCUGGUUUUCAGUUGGCAUCGGGGCCUCCCUCGGAAGUCUCCACAGCUGCCACUGCUGAGGAGCGAGAAGCCAAGGCUGCCAAACUUGAAAAGGGUGGUCGAGGCCAGUCCAACAAACGGCAGGGCCAAUGGGGCAAUGGUGGAGGUGGUCGCCAGAACUGGGCCUGGCCGGGGAACUGGAAGGACAGUGGUUCCUCGGGCGAUGGAGCGGAUCUGCAAGAGAUGCAGAAGCUGCUGACAAUGAUGCAGAAGCUGGCCCUGCGUCACGAAGACAGCAUCAACCUUCUGAAGCUGGAGUAUAGAUUUGUGGCCCACAUGAAGCUUAAUGUUCCGGCCAGUGUGGUGCACAUGCUGUAUGUGGCGGCGGAUGGAUGGCGCAAAGUGAAGGCGCAGGAGCCGCAAAAGCUGGAUCGACCGAUGCGGACAUCGCUUUUCGUGUGCCUCUGGGCCGAGCUGAAGUCGCGGAUCCAGGCCCUGGAUGGAACCCCGGGGGACGUUGACAAGCUUGCCGAGCUGGGUUGGCUUGUGAAAGGCCCUCCCCUCACAUGGCAUUUCCUGAAGUGGGACUCGGCGGCCCAGCGCAGCAUUAUCGAUACCAACAAGCCUCCUCUGACCAACGCGGAGGUUUUGGAGCACAUCGACACGAUCCUCGCCAAUGCGGUCACCACCAACAGCCUGGCAAGGUUCCAUCCGACGCGCCCCCUGGGAGACACUAUGCAGGGCGAGAGCAUUGUGUUCCUCAUUCAGGUGGGGAACUUUGGAGAUGCGAGCUUGAGUAUUCGUACCAGCCUGAAAGCCCUGAGCUACAAUGCUGUUCUCCAGCUUGUGGCCACCCAGCUGAAAGAGGACAGGGUGUCGAGAUCUACGCUGGCCAACAACAUCGCCGCCUCCAUCAAGGGAUGA